CAUUUUAAUCCACACAUCCUCUCUCCCUCCCACCAUUUCAUCAUCACCCAAAAACCCAAAAAUCCCUCUCCAUUUCUCCUCCAAAAAAAGAGAAAAAAAUGGAAACCGCCGCAUCUCCUCCCUCCCUCAAACAAACCCACACUCCCGACUCCUCCCCAAAGCCCGCCAAGAAGAGCUUCGUCGCCUCUCUCCGCUCCCCCUCCUUCAAAGAAGACACCUACUUCAUCUCCCACCUCAAAACCUCCGAGCGCAAAGCCCUCAAAGACCUCAAGGACAAGCUCAUGGCCUCCCACGGCGCCGAUUCCAUGUGGGGCAUCCCCCUCCUAGGCAAUGCCGACGACCGCGCCGACGUCGUCCUCCUCAAAUUCCUCCGCGCUAGGGAUUUCCGGGUCCAGGACGCCCUCAACAUGCUGGUCAAGUGCCUCAACUGGCGGAAGGAGUUCGGCGCCGACGCCGUUUUGGAGGAGGAUUUGGGGCUCAAGGAGCUCGAAGGCUCCGUCGCGUAUAUGCACGGUUUCGACCGAUGCGGGCAUCCUGUUUGUUACAAUGCCUAUGGGGUUUUCAAAGAUAAGGAGAUGUACGAGAAGGUUUUCGGAGAUGAGGAGAAAUUGAAGAAGUUUUUGAGGUGGAGAGUCCAGAUUCUCGAGCGUGGGAUUAAGCUUCUCCAUUUCAAACCAGGCGGCGUGAAUUCGAUUAUUCAAAUCACAGAUCUUAAAGAUAUGCCCAAGAGAGAGCUCAGAGCUACUUCGAAUCACAUUCUCUCUCUGUUUCAGGAUAAUUAUCCCGAAAUGGUUGCUAGAAAGAUCUUCAUAAACGUGCCGUGGUACUUCAGUUUGCUGUACUCAGUGAUCAGUCCGUUUCUGACGCAACGAACCAAGAGCAAGUUUGUGAUAUCCAAGGAAGGCAAUGCUGCUGAAACUCUUUACAAAUUCAUCCGGCCCGAGUACGUCCCGGUUCAGUACGGCGGCCUGAGUCGGCCCAGCGACUCGCUCUCCGGUCUGCCCAAACCCGCUUCCGAGUUCGUCGUCAAAGGCGGUGAAAAAGUCAACAUUCAAAUCGAAGGCAUUGAGGCUGGUGCGACAAUAACAUGGGAUAUAGUUGUGGGAGGAUGGGAUUUAGAAUACAGCGCGGAGUUCGUACCGAAUGCGGAGGAAGGCUACACCAUCGCGGUGGAGAAGCCGAGGCGGGUGGCAGCGGAGGAGGAGGCGGUGCAUAACUCUUUCGCGGCUAGGGAUGCCGGAAAAAUGGUGCUCUCGGUUGAUAACACGGCGUCUCGUAGCCGGAAGGUUGCUGCCUACCGAUAUGUAGUUCGCAAAUCACCCUAAUUUUAAUUAAUUUUAUGUUGCUGUUUGAUUUUGGGUUAUGUUUUUUUUUAAACACAUCAUGGCUAUGUUAAAUUAUUAUGGAGUUUUCUGUA